CGACGGAGAUACGACAUUGUGCCUGGCAUAUGACGCCCAGAUGCUCGGCUUCCCUGAUGAGCAAACAGAGACUGUCACUUUCAGAGUCAAGAAGAUGAGCUAUUUUACUAAAUUCAACUCGCAGCAUUAUCAGGCACGCAGGACCCUUGUACCAAGAGGCAGAAGUGAUCACUCCACCUUGCAGGUAUAGUUCCGCACCGCCACGGCCGAGGAGCACAACCGUCUGCGGCUACUGUGGUGUACCCCGAUGUACUCUGUACUCUGUACUAUGUACUAUGCAUCCAGAGAAGCCCGGAAAUCGCGAGCGCUACUGCCGCCGAUCGUCUGGGGAAGGCAAAAUGGUCACUAGACUUGCCAAAAUAAUGAACGCUUUCCACUUGUCUCCAACCCGGCUGACUUCGGAUCGACAUGACGCUCGACCCUCGAUCUACCGCUAUUGCCAACCAUAAUAUUCUAUGAAGUCCAAGAACAGCGGAAAGUUUUCUCGUCGGCUGAGUGGCUGACGCGUGCUCGCUAUGCGUGAUGAUACGACAGAGAGUGGGCAAUGUCUCGUUCGCUCCACCAGUGGUAAAGCCGAAGUUGUUCGGAACAUUGCUGUAUCGCACAAAACACCGUGCUUUGCCUGGCUGAUAUCAUACCGAGGGAAGACGGGAGAAGAUAUGCAAAAGAUUGGCUGUGCAGACCAUCCGGAAUUUCGGAUGCAUUCGCCUCAAGCUUGGGCAGCACGAAUCGCAAUUUGCUCUGACUGUAUGGGAUUCUUGCCGAUGUCCUUUUUGGCCUCGAGAGUCGAACGAUAGCAUGGGAAGAAUCACGAGCAAAAUCCCCGACGUCUGCUACCGGCAAGGGCGGCCAUCAAUCCCAUUGGACGAGACCCGACCGCCACAUCCGGAUGGCGCCGCGCUUCGGCAGGUUGACGUUUUGCGGAGAGAGGAACGUCUGUCUUGCAUGCCGUGCUGCAAGUCCCAGGCACUUGUACUGUCCACCAGUGCUCCGGGCUGUUCCUCGAUCCCAAUCAUCAGCGCCCGAGAUAUGCGAUAUGCGAGUGUUCCACUAGCGGUGCAACAAUGCAUCCUCAUUUCCUGAAAGUCGUGGUCGAGCACCGUCCGCCCCGAUUGUACUGGUAAACAAGUCGUAGCUGCUGUGGGAUUCUCUGCCGACCCCGCUCGUCUAGACUACUUUACAGCCUCGACCCCGCGGUUGUACGAACAUGGUGUUCCGUGGCGUGAGCGCAAUACUCAAUCCGUGUGACCACAGGUAAGUCGUCUUCAACAGUGCUAGCCUCCAAUGUAUUUUACAGACUGUGAGGUGCGAACCUUCACAUCACACCAUACACUUUCAUUGAGCCAGAUGCUUCGAUGGCGGUCCGUUUCAAUACCGAUUCGAUGGCAUUAUUGCCGUUGUAUCCUCCAUCCCGUGACCAUGAGGAUAUGGCGGCGACUGUUGGGCUUGGGUUUCACCAUAUGUAUACCAUGAGAGAAGCACACGAGCACCUGUUUUGGGGUCUCAAAAAUGAUAUCUUACUUGAAACACAAUAACCAACGAUCCAGUAUCACUCAUGUCGAAAACAUCUCUUCAUCCCACAAUUCCUUAUCACAUACCAACUAACAUUACGAUGCCAAAUACUACUCCGACUUCAAAGGCAUCGGCGGAACAAGACCCACCGCGGUCGCAACUCCCCGAAUUCGCGCUGCAACUUGGAAAGAACCUGUAUCCCGAGCCUCUACACUUCAAGACAAUGGAGCGCUUACAGGAGUUUCGAAGAACGGCCGAUUAUAUCUCUGCAGCUAUGAUCUUUCUCCGGGACAAUGUCCUGCUCGAGCGCGAUCUCAGCCAUGAUGAUAUAAAACAUACUAUAGGCUGCUGGGGAAUAUCCCCCGGUAUUACUUUGCUUUAUGCGCACCUCAAUCUAGCCAUCCAGAAGUACGAUCAACACAUGAUCUGCCUCAUCGGCCCCAAUGAAGGCGUGCCUGCAAUUUUGUCCUGUUUGUGGUUGGAAGGUUCAUUGGAACGGUUCUAUCCGCAGUACAGCAGAGACAGAAAGGGCCUUUACAACCUUAUCACGGGAUUUGGUGUUGCAGGAGGAUUUCCAAGGCAUCUCAAUGCGAAAAUUCCCGGCUCUAUCCAUCAAAACGAAGAGCUCGGUCAUGUUCUGUCAACGGCAUACGGUACCGUCAUGAACAAUCCGGAUUUGGUCACUGUUGCCGUUGUCGGGGACGGUGAAGCCGAAACAGGCGCAACCGCGACUGCAUGGCAUAUGUGCAGAUACAUUGAUCCCGGGACAUCUGGGGCAGUAUUGCCGAUACUUUACCUCAAUUGUUACAAUAACUGUGGCAAAACGAUCUUCGAAACUAUGGAAAAUUCGGAGCUUUGUUGCUUGUUCUCCGGUUAUGGCUAUCAGCCAUGUCUCGUCGAUGAUAUCCAGGAUAUUGACAGAGAACUCAGCAUGGCAUUAUCCUGGGCCUUGGAGACGAUCCGAGAAAUCCAACUGGCUGCCAGGUCUGGAGACAAAAGCUUCAAACCCAGGUGGCCAAUGAUCAUCCUACGGAUCCCCAGAUCCUGGGGUUAUCCUGAAUUAAAUGGCCAACAAGGCAUCCCCGGUCGUUUCCAUGGACAAGAAGUCCUUCUACCUCAUGCAAAAUUCAACGGGGACCAGCUGCGGCAGCUCCAGAAGUGGCUCGCCUCAUACAAGCCGGCUGAACUGCUACCUGGCGGUGGCGUACCCGAAUCCAUUGAGCCUAUCUUUCCUGCAAGCGAAAAGCUGAGAUUAGGACAGAAUAAAGUCACUUGGGAUUCCCGGCAUCAUCUCGAUGUUCCCGAAUGGAGGCAUUUUGCUGUCGCCAGAGGCAAUUCUAACAGCUGCCUGGCCGUCGGCGCAUCAUUCCUGGAGGAAGCAUUGACCCGCAACAAGGGUUUGCUGCGGAUCUUCUCCCCAGAUGGCGUGGCAAGCUGUAGGCUUCCACACCAGCUUCCAAACCGUACUUUCCAAGCCCUUCAACGGGACGAUGACAGCGCCCCGGUGCGCGGUCAAGUGGUCGAGUUCAUGUCUGAGCAUACUUGUCAAGGCUUACUUCAAGGCUACACAAUGACUGGCCGCACCGGCAUACUUGCUGCCGAUGAAAGCCUGUUUCCAGUCAUUGCGACCAUGGUGACACAGUAUAGCAGGUUCCUUAGAAUUCUCAAGGACACGCCAUGGCGCAAAGAUGUGAGCAGCUUGAAUUACAUUACAACAGGCACCUGGACACGGCCGGAGACAAACGGACUCUCUCACCCAAACCCUAGCUUCAUCGGCUCUAUUCUCAAUCUCAAACCAGCAAUUGGGAGAGUCUACCUACCACCAGAUGCCAAUACAUUCUUGUCUACCAUGGCACACUGUCUAAGGUCCAAGAACUAUGUCAACUUGAUUGUCUCCUCGAGUCAUCCCGAACCUACCUGGCUCACACCGGAUCAAGCAGACAUGCACGCGCGGGCCGGGGGCAGUGUGUGGAAAUUCGCCAGCACCAACGAUGGUAUCAACCCAGACGUCGUGCUUGUCGGCAUUGGCGCAGACAUGACGUUUGAAGUGAUUGCCGCAGCCGCCUACUUGCGGAAACUGGCGCCGUCGCUUGCCGUGCGUGUGGUUAACGUUACCGACCUCAUGAUUUUAGGUCGCGAAGGCUCGCAUCCUCAUGCACUCAGUCACACCGACUUCGACACGCUGUUCACUCCGGACAGGAACAUCCACUUCAACUAUCACGGCUAUGCGAACGAGCUUCAAGGACUAUUGUUCGGCAGACCGAGGCUUGACCGCAUCACGAUUUCCAGCUUCCAGAACGAAUGGACCGCCACAACGACGUUCGGAAUGCUCCUCAAGAACGGAUGUGAUCGAUACCAUGUCGCCGAGGCUGCAGUCCGUGGCGCAGCGAUAUGUAACCCGCACGUGGCCGUCGAUAUGCAGAAGCUCGUGGCGCACAUUCAGCACGAAAGAGUCAAAGUGGAACAAUUUAUUCAUAAGAAUGGUGUCGAUCCCGAGGGUACGUUCAGCAUUCCCAAGUUCCCAAAGGGUCAUCAUAAUGGGCACCAUAACAUCGAAACUGCUGGAGGGAGUGAUUGGGAGUCCCACGAUCGAAUAUUGCAUGUUCCUAAUGGCGACACUUUGUAAUCCUGCAUUUGGCAGAGAAUGGCGUUUCUGGAGAGGCGAAUUGUUUGGAUGCCUUCCGGACUACGAGUCGAAGGUAUGGUGCGGAUAUGCACAGUGACAUUCGUCGGGAUUAUCAGAGUCCUGGCUUUACAAAAACACCUGGUGGCAACCUAUGCGGAAACCAGCAGUGCAAAAAUAGGCGGAACUCAAACAUGCAGUGUUCGGACAUCGUCUUUGCGUCAGAUCACUUGACGUGGGUUCGUCGAGCCGUUCUUUUGACAGCGUCGAGGACAAAUUGGCAAAUCUUCUCUGGGAAGUCACUAUGACAGAAUGAUGAAUGAUGAGAAUGAUGGUACCAAAUGUAUGGAUUCAUGGAUGUACCUGGUUGGCAAUCUUUAUUGUUCAGUUGGAUGUACAACUUGAAUGAAUGGGCAAUUAUAGCGAACUUAAUCAGCAGCACCAGCAGGCUGAGUAUGCUUAUCAUAUAGAGCCAUCCGCUCUUGUAAGGACAGUAAACUGGGAUGUACAGGUCCAGUGGCAGGUGCAUUUAGUUUCCCUGAAGAACAGUACAUGCUUCC